AUGUCACCCGAUGAGCUCACCGACCUCGUUCAAGGUUUAGGCGCAAGCCAAACCCCAAAUCCACCUGGAAACAACCAAGGCAGGACAAUACCCAAGAAGAAAACCCCACACCUAUCAGCGAUAGCCAAAAAAACCCAAGCAAAAGGGAAAGAAACCCAUCAGAAACCGGCUGUAGCGCAGGAACCGCCAAAGAAGUCGAAAGCAGACAUGCUCAAAGAAGCGCUCGAGGCCCAAUUAGCAGGCGACAGCGUCAAGGUCAGGUUACUCCUAGAAUCCUUAGCCAAGCAACCCAUCGAACAGCAAGCCAGCGCGGCCGGGAGGAGCUCCACCAAAAGAGCGAUUGAGCUCAGCGUAGCCAACAAAGAUUUCAAAGAAGGCGGGGUAACGUUCUUUGUGGAAGGCGUGAAUACCUUCAAAGGGAUGGGCCUACCUCCCUUCUUCAACCACAACAUGAAGGAGUUGAAAGGCAAGCACCCCCCUUUUUCCAAGCGGCAAGAAACUCAAUCCAGGUCCCCAGAGCCAGAUAGCUAA